AUGGAAGCUUUGGGCCGUUCUGACGCAUAUCAUGCGGCUUGGAAAGUGGGUCUUGUCAUCGUACGCAGUUGGAAUAGCAAUCCCAAUACGACUGGUGACGGUUGGGAAGUCCCCGAUGCCUACGGAUGGGGUGUCGCUGAAACGAAAGAUAAUAUCCCUGCAGCGCAGAUUGCUGAACAAAAACCAUCUGGUUCCGAGAGUCAAUACAGGAUUACCACGGACGGCCUUCUCAGCGAUUGUCUGCGCGGUCAAGCGGUGUUUUACAGGGACGAGAAAACCAACAAAGCUAUCUGUGUAAUCAACGAUAUUUAUAUCCACAUCACAGAACGCUGGAGAAGUAUCACUGUCAGUCGAGAAAAUGGCUUCACAACGUUUUCUGGCGGUGUUGGAGCAUAUUCUCUAGCUCAGGAUGCCGAAUUGCUUCGCCGCGCUACUGAGCUUUGCAAGAAUGAAGGUGUGGAGCUCAUUCUCUCUGAAGAUCAAGAUGUCUGGAAACGCAAGUGGAGCAUGAAGUUUAAGAGCUAGUUGAUUGAAGAAUGUCAAUCUUGUUAAACGUGCAUUUCUGUGUGUUCCUUGUAUUUGCAAAUACAUCUCAUUGCUCA